CAGGAUACCCGUAUGUACUCGCGGUACAUCGUGGAAAGAUGUCGGGAAGGAGAGUAACAAGUGGAGGAACCGUGGACACGAAAUCAGCCAUAAAGCUCCAACGUCGCCGUGUUUAUUGCUAGAUUUUAAAUUAAGUAAGUGGCUGAAUUAGUUAUUCCAAGAAGCGGAGUCGUCUGGUGUGCAUGGGAGGCUAAAAACGUCUUAAUCCGAAGAAGAGACCGAGCGGUGACUGGCAAAUACGACCGCGUGAGAGGGCUUCAACCGGGCAGGGGUGCUGCUUCGGCUUCCCGCUUAGGUGGGGAUGUUAUCCGUACUGUCUUAUGGCAGACUGGUAGCCAGAGCUGUCCUCGGUGGACUCUCGCAGACGGACGGGCGCGACUACAGCCUCGUUACCGCCAGCUAUGGCUUCGGCAAGGACUUUCGGAAGGGGAUUCUUAAGAAAGGGAUGUGCUACGGGGACGACGCCUGCUUCAUUGCGAGGAACAAAAGUGCCGACGUUUUGGGUGUAGCGGAUGGCGUGGGUGGCUGGCGAGACUACGGCGUCGACCCAUCUCAGUUCUCUGCCACGUUGAUGAGAACAUGCGAGCGGCUAGUGAAGGAAGGUCGCUUCACUCCGAGCAAUCCAGUGGGCAUCCUGACCUCUGGCUACUAUGAACUCUUGCAGAACAAAGUCCCCCUUUUAGGCAGCAGCACAGCCUGCAUCGUAGUACUGGACCGACGGAGUCACCAGCUCCACACGUGUAACCUCGGCGACUCGGGCUUCCUGGUGGUGCGCGGAGGCGAGGUGGUACACCGUUCGGAUGAGCAGCAGCACUACUUCAACACGCCCUUCCAGCUGUCCAUCGCUCCCCCGGGGUCCGAAGGGGUGGUGCUCAGUGACAGUCCAGAAGCUGCUGACAGCUCCUCGUUUGACGUGCAGCUCGGUGACAUCAUCCUCACCGCCACCGACGGCCUCUUCGACAACAUGCCCGAUUACAUGAUUCUCCGGGAGCUCAAAAAACUCAAGACCAGCAACUAUGAGAGCAUUCUGCAGACGGCGCAGAGUAUAGCGAAACAAGCUCACGACCUCGCCUAUGAUCCCAACUACAUGUCGCCGUUUGCACAGUUUGCAUGUGACAACGGUCUGAAUGUAAGAGGAGGAAAGCCAGACGACAUCACGGUGCUGCUUUCCAUCGUGGCCGAAUAUACAGACUAGGAAGCGCGUGCGCUCGAAUGUGCGUUUGGCGCCGCGGGGCUCGCUCACCCCUUUCCCGUCCGCCCGACUCUUCCUCAGACACGACGCCCACGCUUCCAUCCAUGUGUGUUUAGUUUUCGUUUGUUCCUCCGGCGUGUCAAAGGGAAAGCGGGCAGAUCGGAUAGAUCCAUGUUGACCGUGGUGCAGGAGCACAUUAAGGCGUCUAAAUUGCACGGCAUGGAAAGAGGAGUAAGCCAGGCUUUGGAGGUUCUUUGAUCAAGAAUUAAGAGGUUGAACUUGAAUGUGUUUCUGUAGCCCCAUUUGAGGCCAAUGCAGAGGAGGUGGCUUUGCGAAUGUGCAGGUUGAGCUAACUAGCUCGGCCCUCGGAGGGAACUCAACAGCGCCUCCGUCGAGGCAACAUGCAUCGAGGUUUGGGGCUUGUAAAUAGUUCUGAGACUGUCUUUACUUUUGGAUUUAUUACUCUUUGACCUACUGUUGCGAGUGAUGCGUUCACGGACACACUGAGAUAGUGUGAUAGGAAAAGGGAGUAAUUGCGUGCGUUUGAGCGAGUUCCAAUGUGUCACGUUUGACGUUAAGAGAAACGCUAUAGCAUCUGGUAAUGCUCACGGUUGCAAACAUAGGUCAAGGGUGUGACGAUAAAGAGAUGUCUAUUUUUUUAAAUAAUGUUGGAAAGUCUCUGUCCAGAUCAAAUGCUGUAUUUCCUCCUAUAGUGGUUUACUCAAUGAACUGCCAAGAUUGUCAGAUGUUGAUUGGGGUGGGCGGGGCUUUACACGUAACAGAUGGAUUUUGAAAAUAUUAAAAUGACGAUACAUUUUAUCCACACAUUUUUCAGACGAGACAACAGACGAAAAAUCUCUUUGCGCGCCUCGCAUCCAAAAAUUGCAUCUUUUGGUUAAACAUUUAGAUCCACUAACGUAGAUCAAAUAUUACCAUUUUAUUUUGUAUGUGCUGUCCAGCAAAACAGUAUUGCAGAAUCUUUUUGCAGUUUGAUUCAACGUGUGGGGAGGGGAAAAAAAAAAAAAAAACUUUUCACAUAAGUCAUCAACUAAAACCGUCCCAAAAUUAGGAAAGUCAUGCUUUUGUUGGACAGUGGUGAUUGUUCUUACACCGCUACCUAGUGGCACAAUACUCUGUAAAUGUUAUUUAAUGUAAGGCGUUUAUUUCUUCCAGUGUGACAAGGGUACUAUUUGAGGAAAUAUGGUAUGUUUGGUUUAGGAAAAAGUCGUAGCAACUAUUAGCUGAUUUUUUAUUUUUUUUUAACUUGCUGCUUUUCACCAUGGUUGUGUGAGUGCGGAUUUCAGUCGCGUUAUGUAAUGUCUUGACCGUUUCAACAUGGGUACACCAAUGACAUCUUUUCUUAAUAUAUUCAUCAGAACGCCUUGUGGUUGUAAACACGCAGCAAUAUUGUACACAAAUUAUGCUCAAAAUUUAAUGGGAUUGAUCCGAUUUUUCUUGCUGGAGGAUAUUGUCUUUCAUACAUGCGAUUGGUUGUCUGUAGAGCUUGUGCACGACAGCUUUCUGAAGCCAAAGAACGAAAGCCAUAUAGAGUAGAAUGCAUAUUAGGGACCCUGCUCUGUACUGUAUGUCUUGCUGUAAGUGGAGACCAAUAAUGUCACUGUUUUAUGUAUUUCAAUAUUAUAGUAGGAGCUGUACUCGUGUGGCGGGGGUAGAUUAUUUGUCAGUGCUUUUCUCUUUGCAUGGUUUCAGUCGAUCCGUUUUACUCCUGUGUCUUUAAAAUGUAUGUCCUGUAAAAAUGUAACUUGUAUGCAGACAAAGGCUGUGAAAUUUUAGCGUGCGAAUGAAAAGGGGGGAGCACAAUUUAAGCCUUACUUAACACAUGAUCCGUCAUCAAGAGGCCUUCCCUGUCUUUGCAAGCUUGUCUCGUCCAUGUUGUUGUUUGUGUGUUCAAUACGGUCUGCGUACGUCCAGUUGUGUGUUCUCCCCAUCAAAGCAAAGGUGCUUCUGCCAUCUCUACGACUGGUACGAUUGUCCUUUUUCCAACAAGCGAUAUUUGUAUGGGUGAAUGAACUGUACAUCUGUUUGUCACGGUGUAACAAUGCAAGUCUAAUUUAUGUAAAUAUGUUUUGAAAAGAAUGUACAAUAUUUAAAUAAAGAAGUUAUAGUA